AGAAUUAAGUAUGAAGGCAGCAUUGGGAGGUCCUUAUCGAUGGGAACCACGAACGCGGGUAUACUGAAGUUGUACGCAAUCCUCAACAGCAGAAGUGAUUCGUGAAUACGGUAUGACGAUCCCCAACAUGCAUGUUCUGAUCCGAACUGCACUUCGAGAAACACGGCUGGGUAUUGAGACAAUUGUCGAGCACGAACAAAAGGACUGGCCCAACGAGUUUUCCGGCGUCGAUAUCACUGAGCAAGACAGAGGGGUAGCCCGAGCGGAUUGGAAAUGGCGUCCACCCGCUAUGGAGUCGGAUCUUGCCCAUCACUCGAGUCAUAGUCCAUGUGGGGACUGUAUGCACAGCCUGGCUCGCGAGGAUACUACUCAGCGCAACAGGUGGAUGUGCCCUAACAAGCGAGCCUUCACACUGGACCAUGACCUAACAGAAAGUCUACGUGGCAGGUCCCCUUCACAAGCGAAAUUUCACCUUAGCGGAGAGUACUUAAACGAUAUAUGCGAACUUUGAAAUCCUAGCCUUUGACGUGUUAGAAAAUGGGUUCUUACUUGCUAAAUUGCCGGAGGACAAGUUGGACCAAGCGAUUGGACGGUGGGCAACGUUCAUCCAAGUUCGGAAUGCAACUGCGGAAACGGCAGAGGCGGGAAAUAAAUUGAAAUCGUGAACCAAAUCGCCGUGACAGUGAAGGUUAACAAUUAACGUCAUCAUGCUCGGCUCUGCACAGCUGAAUCAUGGGAA